AAACUGUUAACUUGUAUACAACACAUAGAGAUCUGCUCUCUGUGACAAGAUGCUUGCCUUGUGCAUCCAAGUGAUAGCUGUGCUGGUGAUCUGUGCAACUGGCACAGAGAAUAAAGAUAUUUCAACUGUGUUUAGUGCUUGGAAUAUGGGUGACAAGCCUUUGCACGAGCAGCUAGCUAUUGUGUAUAAGGAGAUGGAAAACUUGAAACAUGAACAAGCAGUGAUGAAGCAAAAGCAAGAAGUCACUUGUCAGGCGUUGCCGCACUGUUCACAGCCUCUCAAUACAGAUGUGGACAUGAAUUUGACAUCCUUAAGUGGCAGCGAGCAUCUAUUCAAUACCCUCAGCCAGUUUGAAGAUGAAGAGGGUUCUGGUGAGGAUGAGAAUGAUGAAGGCGUUAACCCCUGCAAUCACUACACCGCACUUGACCAGGCCUGGAGAGCCACAAACUACACCACCAAGAAAGUUGUUUGUGACCGUAGCAUGCAGUGGAAGGGCUGGUACCGUCUCUUCUACCGUGGACAAACCAUCCAGAUGCCCGAGAGGUGCGUGAGAAAAGAGAGGUGUGGCACGCACGCGCCUCUGUGGCUCGUCGGGGGUCACCCACGGAUAAGAGACGGAGUGGUCACUCGCAAAGUGUGUGGAAACUGGAAAAACAACUGCUGUUUGUUCAGAUCACCUCCUAUUCAAGUGAAAGCAUGUAUGGGAAAUUACUACGUCUACAAGUUUGUCAAACCGGUAGCGUGUCAUACGGCAUACUGUGCAGAUAUCAACACACUUGUGUGUGGAAAGUGCAGAAAAAGUGAAUCUUGCAUAACCAGAGACAAAAUCACCUGGAUGUGUCAGAAAAACAGAAAUAGAGUGAAAGCAAAAAUCCACUUUUUUGCCUCCUUCCCGGGCCAGAUCUCAGGAAGAGUGAACAAGAUUGUAUACAGGAAAGUGUAUGUGAAUCAAGGCAGGGCUUUCAACAAUCGUACCGGGAUAUUCAGAGCUCCAGUAUCAGGGGUCUAUCAGUUCUUUUUCUCCACACAGACUGGUGGUAGUGGGUCUACGGACCUAUGGCUCGUUGUAAAUGGUUAUUGGGUGGCUGUUUCCCAUAGCAAUGUUCAGGGCCCAAACUCAGUUGGAAAUCUGUCUACGUACAUGACAACUUUGCGCAAGGGUGCUACCGUUUAUGUGACCCAUAAUCGUGGCCGCUCUUGGGCCAACACUUCAUCCAACACCAUCAUUUUUGGGGGUUCAUUACUGAUGGUGAGAAAAAUCUAAAUAUGAAUGAAUGAAUGAGCAUUUAGUUCAAUGAGAAGCCAGUUUGAUAAUACACGUACAGUAUAUGACUUCAGAUGUUCUGCUGUGUAUUCGUUGUUUUACCUUUUUUUCUUUCAACCAAAAACAUUUUAAGGCUACACUGCAACUUCUAUCUUAAUUUUCAUUUUAAAAUAUGCAUUAUACAUUAUUGUUAUUAUAAUUAUUAUACUAAACAGUGGAGAAGUACCUUGGUAGACGA